AUGGCAACCGACCUUUGCUACACGCUCGUUUAUCAAGACGACGCGACAGAAACACCCUCACUUCAAGACUUUCAAAGAGCCUUUGAAAAGGGCUCUGAUGACACUCGUAUUGAAACAAUGAAGAAGCUGCUUGUCAUCAUGUUGAACGGCGACCCUAUGGAGAAGCUCUUGUUGCAUGUCAUCCGUUUUGUGCUGCCCUCUAGAAACAAGCAGCUGAAGAAGCUGUUGCAGUUUUAUUGGGAAAUCUGUCCCAAGACAAAGCCAGAUGGCAAGCUCAAAGAUGAGUUUAUUCUAGUCUGUAAUGCGCUUAUGAACGAUCUUCAGCAUCCCAACGAAUACAUUCGAGGCUCGACCCUUCGUUUCUUGUGCAAAAUCAAGGAAGCUGAAGUGCUCGAACCACUUGUGCCUUCUGUCAGAGCUUGUUUGGAACAUCGCCAUUCUUAUGUCAGAAAGAAUGCCGUUUUUGCUAUUGGCGCCAUCUUCAAGGCCUUUGAUCACCUCUUUCCUGAUGCACCUGAAGUAGUUCAAUCAUUUUUGCUCUCAGAGGCAGACAUGACCUGUAGACGCAAUGCUUUUGUUGUAUUGUGCAAUGUCGAUCAACCUCUCGCUGUUCAAUAUCUCUUGCAAGUGAUUGAUUCUAUCCCUACAUUCGACGAAUUAUUACAGUUAGCUGUUAUCGAGUUGAUUCGUAAAGACUCCAAGGUCAGCUCUGCAAACAAGGCUGCUUACAUCCGCUGUUUAUCUGAGCUCUUGGCAGCCGCUUCUCACUCUGUGAAAUACGAAGCUGCUGCUGUGCUCUUGUACUUGACCACUAGUCCUGCCGCUGUCAAAGCCGCUGCUUCAUGUUAUAUCGAACUUAUCGUCAAGGAAUCAGACAACAAUGUCAAGUUGAUUGUACUCGACAGACUCGAAGAAAUCAGAAACAAGCAUGAUCGUGUGUUGGAUGAUUUGGUCAUGGAUAUUCUUCAAGUUUUGUCCAGUCCUGAUAUUGAAGUGCGUCGCAAGGCUAUUCGUAUUGCCUUGGAGAUGGUUUCUUCCAGAAACGUCCAAGAAGUUGUGCUCUUCCUCAAGAAGGAGUUAUCCAAGACACAAGAUGAUGCUUAUGAAAAGAACACCGAAUAUCGCCAGCUGCUGAUUCAAUCCAUUCACACGUGUGCUAUCAAAUUCUCAGAAGUCGCCGCCAAUGUUGUUCAUGUGCUUAUGGAGUUCUUGGGCGAUUCCAACAACCCAGCAGCUGUCGAUGUAGUUGCCUUUGUACGUGAGGUCGUUGAAAAGUUCCCUGGGUUGAGAGAAUCUAUUUUGGAAAAGUUGCUGGAUACAUUUGCUGAUAUGAAGUCAGGAAAGGUGUUCCGUGGUGCACUUUGGAUCAUUGGUGAGUACUGUGAAAGUAUAAAGGAGAUUGACGAUGCCUGGAAGCAAAUUCGUCAUGCUUUGGGCGAGAUCCCAUUGUUAGCAUCAGAGCAAAAGCUGUUGGACGCUACUGAGGCAGCUGAUAACGAGGAAGAAAAGACUGACAAGGCUGCUGUUCCAUCGGGUGCUGCUGCUCCUCGUCGCAUUCUUGCUGAUGGUACAUACGCUACCGAGAGUGCCUAUACUGAAUCCUCUGCAUCUGCAUCCAGAUUAGAGGCUGUCAAGGCUGCCAAGAAACCACCACUUCGAUCUCUCUUACUUGCUGGCGAUUACUUUCUUGGUACCGUUCUAUCCACUGCUAUCACCAAGUUGGUGCUUCGUUAUAACAAGAUUGCCUCGGACGCAUCCCUCGCCAAUGCUCGCAAGGCUGAGGCCAUGUUGAUUAUGACCAGUAUUUUGCGUAUCGGUCAGUCCAAGUUCGUUGCUUUUGAAAUUGAUGAAGAUUCAUACGAUCGCAUCAUGCAAGACUUGCGCAUCGUGGGUACUGCUGGUCAAAGCGAAGAAAUCAGCACUGUCUACUUGCAAGAUACUCGCGAGGUGUACGCGAAGCAACUUCAAGCUGAGGACAAGCGUUUAGCUGAUGCCAAGGCCGAAAGUGAAGCCAGUGUUCAAGUUCAAGUCGACGAUGCUAUUGCCUUUCGUCAAUUCUCCAAGAAGUCUGGCGGUGCUACUGAUGAGUAUGACCAAGACCUCUCUCGCGCUACUGGAUCGCUUGAUGAUAAGGAUGAUCUAAUGUCCAAAUUGAAUCGUAUUGUGCAAUUGACCGGUUUCUCUGAUAAGGUAUACGCCGAAGCUGUCGUCAAUGUUCAUCAAUACGACAUUUUGAUGGACGUUUUGAUUGUGAAUCAAACAAACGAGACCUUGCAAAAUUUGACAGUCGAAUUUGCCACCCUGGGUGAUCUCAAGCUUGUUGAUCGUCCUGCUACACACAACUUGGCUCCUCACUCUUUCUUGACAGUCAAGGCACCCAUCAAGGUCUCUUCCACUGAAACAGGCGUCAUUUUCGGUAAUAUUGUCUACGACUCACAUGGAUCCACCGAGAACUGCGUUGUUUUGAAUGACAUUCAUAUCGACAUUAUGGACUACAUCAACCCUGCCUACUGUAACGAGACUCAGUUCCGUUCCAUGUGGACUGAAUUCGAAUGGGAGAACAAGGUCAAUGUUAAUACCAAUGUUGGUGAUCUGAGAGGUUACUUGCAGCAUAUUAUGGAUUCUACCAACAUGAGCUGUUUAACACCCAAGAAGCAAUUAGAAGGAGACUGUGGCUUCUUGUCUGCUAAUAUGUAUGCCAGAAGUAUCUUUGGUGAAGACGCACUAGCAAAUUUGAGUAUCGAAAAGAACGGAGAUGGACCCAUUACUGGUCAUAUUCGUAUCCGCUCAAAGACUCAAGGCAUUGCAUUAAGUCUUGGUGAUAAAAUCACAUUAGCACAAAAGACAGUUGCUUAA